AUGGACGCUCCGAUGGACGACGCCGCCAUGGAGCAGUACGCGGACUGGCUGGACAAUUUGGAGAAGACCGACCCGGAGGGCUACAAGCAGUUCAUCGCCACGAUGCAGAGCCAGCUGCAGGCUGCGGGGCUGGGACCCGAGCAUGGGGGAGGUGCUCCGCAAGGUGGCGCGGAUGCGGCGCUGUUCGACAUGCUCAAGAGCACUGCAGGUGCACGGGGAGGAGCCGCAGACGCCAAUUCGCCAGAUUUCAAGCCGCUGUUCCCUGGGGACAAGGUCAUGGGGGAGGACGGCUUGAAAGCGACUCCGGAAGGGAUGUACAUCGAUGUGAAGCCUGGCUUCGUGAUGAAGACGAAUGACGUCAAGAGCAAAAAGAAGGUAUUCGUGAACGUAGUGUACGCCGACGAGAUCCAGGGAUUCUCGGAGAAGAAGAAGCUGGACGACGAGGGCAAGGAACAAGAGGGGAUUCAUGUGCCACUGAGCCUGGGUGCUCCGCACGAGGUGAAGGACAAGAAGGGAGUGAGCUCGCUGGCUUUUGACGUGGCUGUGAACACGAAGGUCGUCGAAGACUGCCAAGCAGACAAAACAGGAGCCUUUCGUAAUUUUGUGUGCGAGCUGGCGAUCGAGUACAUUGAUCAAAAGUACAAAAUCAAGCUUGACGACCGCUACAAGCUACCGCGACUGACGUACCGCGGCGAGCUUCCUCCUCCCAAACACUACAUUCGUAAAACCCAGGCACCAAUUAUCCAAGAAACGGCUACAGCGAAGUGCGAGCUGUUCGAAAAGCACGGCAGUGAGCCCACGGUAUGCUCGAGACUUCCGUCUAUUAUGAAGGGUAGCACGCCUCUGUCACCUGAGGUUCUGCAGCAGGCGGGCUCUCAGUUGAUUGUGUCUGUUCGGUUUGAGAACGAAGUGAAGACGGCCACUGAUGUCGACUUGGAGCUGCAUGCUGAGCUGUUGAUCGUCAAAGCUGCUACUCACCACGAUUUAGAAAUCUUCCUUCCGUACCCAGUCGAAGUAAGUUCAGCGAAGGUUUGCUUGAAUCGAUCCCGAAAUUCCAUGGAGAUUACACUCACCAUCGACAAGUCAUGGGAUGCUGUCAAACCUGACAGCGGCUCAGCGCCCUGGUUGCUUGCACGCGCGCUAGAGGAAGAAAAUGGAGCUGAGACUCAAGAUACCGCGUCAUCCGCGACUGAUUCUGCCCAACCGAAGCCUAAGUCUCUUGUAGAGAUGUUCCACCUCGCCAACGCUGCUGAUUCUAACGAGUCUCUGGUUGGGAACGGAUCUGCAUUGAAAGCAACACCACGGUGGGAUCCUGUUAUGGAGGACGAAGAACUUCCCGAGGACCGAUUCCACCGCAAGGACAUGAUGUCCAUGCACAUUUUGGAGCAACGGAGGAUCGAACGGGAGCAAAAGGCGAAGGAGGCAGAAGAUAAACGCAAGAAGCGGCGGGCCGAGGUCGAGGAAAUGCAGGAGAAGGCAAAAGCGGCCGGCAAAUCGUGGCGUGAGAUGUACCCGACCGAGCCGGAGACGACCUAUAUCGACGUGGAGGACAUCGUGCGCCAGGAAAAGGACAGACUCGACCGCCAUCAGCAGCAGAAAGAAGAGGAGGACCCCACUGCGAAAGAGUGUAUGGCGACGGAGGAUGCAAAGCGAGCAGCCGCAAAGUGGUCAGUGAACAACAAGCACGACAACCUCAACUUGCAAUCUGCACUGGCGUUUGAUCUCCUCUAA